AUGAUCGGUGAUUGGCUUCAAGGGCCAUACGUUUAUGCGAUAUAUAAAAGUCAUGGAUUUGAUUUGAAUCAGCAGGCAAUUUUGUUCGUUACUGGAUUCCUAUCAAGUGGUAUUUUUGGAACUAUUGUUGGAUCUGCUGCGGAUAAAUAUGGAAGAAAAAAAUUUUGUUUGCUUUUUGCAUUACUUUAUUCUGCGUCUUGUUUUAUUGUAUUGUCAAAAGAUUUUUAUAUAUUAUUAAUGGGAAGGAUUUUGUCCGGUAUAAGUACAUCUCUCUUGUUUUCGGUCUUUGAAAGUUGGAUGGUUAGCGAGCAUUUUUCUAGAGGAUUUCCUCCUUCACUGUUAUCUGAAACUUUUUCGCAGGCAAUUUAUGGAAAUGGGCUAGUUGCUAUCUUUAGUGGACUAUUAGCAAAUUGGUUAGUCAAGCAAUUUGGGGUCACGACACCUUUUUUAGCGGCGAUUGGUUUCUUUGCAUUAGCAUCAUUGAUAAUUACUUUUACUUGGAAAGAAAAUUAUGGAGGUAAAUCCGAUAAGGAUGAUGCGACAGAAGCUUCAUCUUUGUCUCGAGCUUUGAAAGUUAUAAGCAACGAUUCUCGUGUUCUUGCGGUUGGAGCUGUCCAAUCAUUAUUUGAGGCCUCCAUGUAUACAUUUGUAUUCUUCUGGGGACCAUUCUUAGAAAUUCAUCAUAAAUCAGAAGAGGGAUUGCCUUUUGGUAUGAUUUUCGCUAGUUUUAUGGUUGCCAUUAUGAUUGGAUCAUUAAUUUAUAGAAACUUGAGUGGUCCUCGUAACGUACCUUUAUCUGAUAUUGCACAAAUAACAUUUUUAGUAGCAGGAGUUUCAUUAUUAAUACCAUUACUAUAUCCAAAUGAGACCACAUUGUUUUGCUUUUUUACUUUAUUUGAGAUGACAUGUGGACUUUAUUUCCCUACUAUUGGAACACUUAGAGCUAAAGUUGUGCCUGAAAAUUUGAGAGCUACUAUUAGCAAUUUAUUCAGAGUACCAUUGAAUAUGUGCGUUGUAUCACUUUUGGCAAGUUACUGA